GUGACGCUCAGGUCGUUUCAGUGUUUUGCUUUUCCCAUCUGAUGAAGUUUGACACCGGUAAUUGGUGAAAGUCACCUAAGUCUGUUUGACGAGAAAUCGUUGAUGAAAAUGAGUAGACCAUGAUCAAUAUUAUAUUUUUGAGUGGAAUACUUUGAAAAGUGGAAUACUGGAGUAGUGAAAUCCUGAACUUUUAGCAAAUACAAGAGCAAAUUCAGAAAUUAUCUGACGUACCAAAGCAGCAAAGCGAGGAUCAGAAGGCGGGCAGAAAAACAUGAUUCAUUAUGAAGUAUCAUGCAGUGAAAAAGUGAAAAAUCUUGAAAAAUCACUGUCGAAGGAGCUGAAAGAAUUGAAAGAUGAAAUUGAAGAAACUGAUAUGCUGUAUGGAAACUGGUCAAAACCUAUCAGCUCUGUUCUUCUACCAAAGAGUGUUGAUUAUUACAAAGAGGAAAGAAGAAUAACUAUUGCGAAAAUAUUGGAUGUAAGUGAUGCUCCAUCUUUGAAAAACCAAGGGCAGAUCAUGAUUAAAGAACUUGAAGCUUCAUUAAAAUCUGAUAUUACAAAUGAAAGCCUUCCUCUCCUUCUUCACCAGUUCUUCUUGGAUCGUAUGCAAUCACUUGUACAAUGCAAACACCUUCAUUUACUGAGAUGGAGACGGUUCUGUGAACAUACAGCUGCAAUCGAACGAUUGUAUUCUGAUUAUUGUAAAAGAUUAGAAGCCAUUGAUUUAGAAUAUAAAGAUGCAAAACACAGAGCAUUCAGACUAUCAUCUGCUCAUACUUCAUUCAUUAAUAAAGAUACCAAAGCGAUGGACAGUGUUGAAAGUGAAGAUAUUGCGAUAUAUUUACGAUGGUUAAUAACUAAUCUUCGAUGUGUCAAAAAUUUUUCUUCAUAUUUGAGAAUAUUACAAUGGAUUCCUGUAAUUCAUCGGAAUACAAUUGAUCCAGCUCUCGGAACUCAAGUGAAGCCCAUCAAUGAUGUCGAAGUUGUGGAAAGUGUGGGGAUUGACACAUCACAGACAUGGAGACAUAUGGUUGGAACAUCAUCAGAAUAUUCUGUUCCAUCAUCAGCUUCUCAUCCUUUACAAACUAGAUCUGGAGGCUUUGAUAAAGCUUUUACUGGUAAUUUAUAUUUUGAAAUGGUUGUUCCAUGA